GUUUGGUUCACUGUUCUUCUUACCUUCACCCACUCCCAAUUAAAUAAGUAUUUAUGUAUGUAUAUAUAAUAUAAUAAAAUAAAAUUCUUCGCGCUGUCACUCAGCUGAAUUUCCAUCCAGCUGAAGAUAGCUAUUUAGCUAAAUUUUACACGGCCAUUCAGCAUAUUGUAAAUAGAAUAGAAGGAGUUCUGGUUGGUACAAGUGCCCGGGACUUCUGCGAGUUCGGUGUCCUCUCACAUUGCCUUUUUUAGCUUCGAGAACUUUGAUCUUGAUGUAUAUGUAUAACUAGAACGAUUGAGCCAUAUUGAUGAAGUUGUGUUGCGUAAAGAGUUUUAACUGAAGGGGAAAGCUUAAAAGUUCACAUUAUGGGUUCAGUUUGUUGCUGCUUGCAUGCUGAGGAUUUUGAAGACUACAUGAAUUCAAACAAUAAUAUUUAUAGAAACUGUUUGUGCAUCGGUUGCUUCUUUCAGAAUUUUAUACAAAUGUGUACAACAUUAUUGCAACGAGGAGAGCUGCACUCUGUCCCUUCAUCCAUUCAGGGAACAGCAUCUAUGAACUCUUCUGUAUCACUAGACAACUCACUUUCUGACAUGUACUGUUCUACCCCAAGGCCCUUUCCUUGUGAUGUUGAUACCAGAUAUUUUCGCUUACAACGUGAUGGUCUUGUUUCAAGACGUGAGAAGGGUUCAAGUCAUUCACAAGAGGAAUCAGAGCCUUUAAGAGGUGAAGAUGAUGUAGGUUCUGAUUCUUUGAGUAGAGGGGGAAAAUGGAAUGCUUGUGAACAAGGCUCAAUUGAGCAGCAUUCUAAAUCCUCACAACUGACAUCAACAAAAACAUCAGUUGGAAUUGGGUACAUCUAUUCAACAGUAGAAGAGGAGGAUGUCUGCCCAACAUGUCUGGAAGAAUAUACUCCAGAGAAUCCGAAGAUAAUAACAAAAUGUUCCCACCAUUUCCAUCUUGGUUGCAUUUAUGAAUGGAUGGAGAGAAGUGAACAUUGUCCAGUCUGUGGGAAGGUGAAACAACUUAAUCUUGCUUGGAAGUUUUUGUUGCAGAUGAACGUCAACGACAACAACAGAAGAUAGAACCAAGGAAAGACAACUCCUUUGUGAAUAAUUCAGGACAAGGUGAUUGUCUCAUACCAUAAAUAUGAAAAGUGUCUUGUAUAAAGAUUUUAAUUUAAUUGUCUUUGUAACCCGGGAAGUGUUUUUUUUUUUUGGGGGGGGGGGGGGGAAGAAACCAUAUG